GCGGGUGGGCCAGGAAUGGUCACCAAGACUCAGAAAGUAGACCUGGGCCCACGGCUCCCAGAGAAGAAGAAAAAGAAGAAGAAGAGAAAGAAGGUUACAGAAGUCACAGAACCAGAGACUCAAUACUCAGUCUUAAACAAUAACGACUAUUUUGUCGAUAUUUCUCCUCCAAGAGUCACAUCCCCCUCCAACGAUGUGGGUGAAGGACAAGUCCCUGAGCUAUCACUGGGCAAGAGAAAGAAGAAGAAAAAGUCCCCUAGUGCUCACUUGGAGGAGCACCUGGAGUCUGAGGUCACACAGAGAGGAUGGAAAAAGUCCCCCAGCCCUAGAAGGCAGGUUUGUGAGCAGUCAGCAGAAUGCCUCAGCGGAGAGAAGAAAAAGAAGAGGAGGAAGUCCUUACCACCGGCCACCUCCCAAGGUUCAUUGCUGAAAACCUCCCCAGACCCCAAGCGUGCUGAGGAGGUAAGCAAAGCCGGUAAGAAGGCCAAAAAACACAGGAAGGAAAAAAAGGUUCUGGACAUUGAGGCCUGCCCUCCCCAGGACUCUUGGUUCUGUGAGGCUGGGGAUGCUCUGUGCCCAUGCUCAGGGGAGACAGAGGGUGAGGAGCAGGCGGCCUUGGGGCAGAAAAGGAAGCAGGGGAGCCCCAGAGAGCACAGCACAAAGAAAAAAAAGAAGAAGACCCACCAAGAGGGAGACAUCCUCCCGAUCCACUCCAAGGUAGAGAGCAGCCUGAAGAAAGGAAGUAAGAAGUUACUCAAAAGCGAAGCUUUGGACUACAUCCUGAUAGACAGCCCAAAGUCCCCUGGGAAGAAGAAAGUGAAAUCCAAGAAAAAGGUGGACCAGCCAAACGGUGAAGGGGUGGCUUUGAAAAGGAAGAAAAAGAAGAGGAAAGCAAGCGGAGUAAAGGAAGACCCCUGGCAGGAGGAAGAAGAGGAGUCGGACACAGACCUGGAGGUGGUACUGGAAAAGAAAGGCAACAUGGAUGAGGCCUGCAUAGAUCAGGUGAGGCGGAAGGCCUUGCAAGAGGAGAUUGAUCGUGAGUCAGGCAAGACAGAGGCUUCGGAACCCAAGAAGUGGACGGGAACCCAGUUUGGCCAGUGGGACACUGCUGGCUUUGAAAAUGAAGAGCAGAAGCUGAAAUUCCUGAAGCUUAUGGGUGGCUUUAAGCAUCUGUCGCCAUCAUUCAGCCGCCCUCCCACCAUGACUGGCAGGUACAACAUGGCCCUGGACAAGAAGUCUUCAGACACACUCCAGCAGAAUCUGCAGCAGGACUAUGACCGGGCCAUGAGCUGGAAGUACAGCCGUGGGGCUGGCCUGGGCUUCUCCUCUGAGGCUCGCAAGGUCUUCUACAUUGACCGGAAUGCCUCCAAGUCUAUCAAGUUGCAAGAUUAAACUUUAUUUCCCUGUUCCUAAAACUGCAUUUCUUGAUCAGUUUUCCAUCUGCCAAGCUGGCUUGGAUCAGUCACCUGCAGAUAAUGAGGACCACUCGUGAUUUUGGACAAGCAGGUGGAAGCUGCUUGUGUCAGGAACCAGUACCAGUGGCUAAACCUCCUAUUUUCUGUUCUAACCCUUCCACCUCCUUGGGUGAAAGUGUUUUAAGUAAUAGUAGCUAGCAGUUGCUGGCAUGUGCAUGGCCCUGACUAAAAUGUUUUCCUUGCACUGAUGUAUUUAAACCUAAUUAUGGAAUGGGUGCUAUUCUCAUCACCUCAUAAGUUCAGGGAUAAAGUAAUAAAGUGCCCAGGGUCACCUCCGCUAAGUGCCAUCAAGACUACAACACAUCACACAGCUUCACUCAGUGAUCAGUGAAUGGAGAAAGCAAGUGUUGUGCCAUGUCUUUCAUGGGGACCUAUAAAUUUGUUUCUCCUCUUUGGAGGUAGACCUUUGAGCUGGAGGCUUUCCAGCUGUCGUCCUUCCGUCUGAGUGCAGUGCUUGGAUUUGAUGUUUCUGCGCAUGGAUUG